AUGGGGGAAAUCAAGGGAUUAUCAUUUCUAAAUGCCAACAAUCUGGAAGGAAUGCUUCCACCUGAGAUAUCAUUGCUUGGCCAUAGUUUGCAGUUUCUCAUAUUCAAUCGACAACUGGAGCUAACGGGGAGCAUCCCAACAGAGAUUGGACAUCUGACAAAAUUGACUGACUUAACGUUGAGUGCCACAGGGCUCUCUGGCACUCUUCCAACCGAGCUUGGUCUACUGGGAGUUCUUGACUAUCUUGUGAUUGCGCACAAUCAAAUGGUCUUUGGGACAAUCCCUACCGAGCUUGGCAAUUUAUCCAACCUCGCAUGUUUCCAGCUCGUCAAAUCAUAUCUGACAGGAUCGUUCCCCAAAGAGUUUUUCAAGUUGACACAGUUGGAAGUGUUGAAUGUGGAUGACUGCCCAGGACUGAACACUUCAGCUGUCCUCCCAGGUGUUGUUGAAAGCAUGCACCAGCUGAAACAGCUUGUCUUGUCAAGCCGGACUUUUGGAGAAGUGAUGCCUGUUCCAUCCCAGAUUGGCUUGCUUAGAAACAUAUCCAAUUUAGGGUUGACCAACUGGAAAAUCAAUGGCACCCUACCACCAGAACUUUGGAGUUUGACAGCAUUGAAUUUUUUGAGUUUGGAUGGCAACUCAAUCACUGGGACUUUGCAACAAUCUAUGUUUUCAUUGACUUUUCUAUCCAAUUUAGAUCUUGGCACUAACCAGAUGGAAGGAACACUUCCACCUGAUCUCUUUUCAAAGCUCACAAAGCUGCGAUACUUUCAAAUCAACAACAAUCCAUUUUCUGGUUCUAUUCCAACAGAAGCUGGCCUACUGUCAAGUCUGAAGAAGCUAGAAAUGCACAAUACAAAUCUAUCAGGUACAAUUCCAGCAGAAGUACUUGCUCUGGAUAACUUGACAAGCUUGGUAGUGGCAAAUACAUCCUUGUCAGGCAGCAUCCCUGAACAACUCUGUGGCAAAAUGUAUCAGCAGGAGUUGAAAUGUUUUGGUGGACAGUGCUACCAGGUCAAGAGUGACAAUCCAAUCUUCCAGGGAACCUCUCUUUGUGGUUGUGACUGUGUUCCUUGCCAGUAG